AUGGGUGGUUGUAUGUCUACGAAUGAUCCUAUGGAUAGAGUAAUUACUAAACAAUUAAAACAAGAUGAAAAAAGAUUAAAAACUGAAGUAAAGUUACUUUUGUUAGGUGCUGGAGAAUCUGGCAAAAGCACAAUAUUAAAACAAAUGAAAUUAAUUCAUGCUGCAGGAUUUAACCCUGCAGAGAUAGAAACAUUUAGAUCAAUUGUGUUUCUUAAUAUAAUGCAAUCGAUGAAAUUAGUAAUUGAGGCAAUGGAAUAUCUUAAAAUACCACUUGAUAAUAGUGAUAAUACGAAAUAUACUACACUAUUCAAUGAGACGCCAACUAUUACCAAAGGUCAACCAUUUCCGAUUAUUUAUUUUGAGCCUUUAAAAUCACUAUGGGCAGAUUCUGUAUUUUCAUCAUCAUAUAUUCCAACCGAUCAAGACAUCCUAAGAUGUAGAAUGAAAACAUCUGGUAUAGUAGAAACUGUAUUUCAUUUAGGUCCAUUAACAUACAGAAUGUUUGAUGUUGGUGGACAAAGAACAGAAAGAAAGAAAUGGAUACAUUGUUUUGAAGAUGUUACAGCAGUAUUAUUUUUAGUAGCCAUUAGUGGAUAUGAUCAAUGUUUGGUAGAAGAUAAAGAUUCAAAUCAAAUGCAAGAAGCAUUAAUGUUAUUCAAUUCAAUUUGUAACUCACAAUGGUUUGUAAAUACAUCAAUGAUAUUGUUUCUAAAUAAAAUAGAUAUUUUUAGGGAAAAGAUUAAAGUUUCACCUGUCAAAAAAUAUUUUCCUGAUUUUCUAGGUGAUAAUCAAAAUUUUAAACAGACAACACAUUUUUUUAAAAAAAAAUUUCAAAGACUUAAUCGUAGUCAAAAAAAAGAAAUUUAUCCACAUUUCACAGAUGCAACAGACACAAAUCUAUUAAGACAUAUAAUGGGAAGUGUAACUGAUAUUAUUCUAACACAAAAUUUACGAGAUUUAGUACUAUGA